AUGAUACUCUGGGUUAUUUUCCCCAUCACCCUUUCGCUGGUGUCCUUCCUUGGAACAUGGAGUGUGUAAGUUUACUAUGAAUUCAAACUUUGUCUUUACACACUUGAGACACUAUCAGAAAAUUUGUUUUUACAACCUUUAGUCUGCCUCUGUCUGUGUGCUGUUAUGCAAAUAUAGAGAGUACAUCAGUUUAAGUCUGCUGAACCGUUUUUAAGUAGCUGAUCUGUGUAUCAGUUUUAUUCAUAUCAGAGAGACUCAGAGAUAAUCAUGAAGCUGCAAGUGUUUACUUUGUUCACAGGUGGUGUGACUUUUGGUAUGUGCCUUUGACAGGUAAACAUCAGAGCUAUUGGACGGUUAUCAAGAUUUAUAUUUGAACUGUGAAUUCCCAGAAACAACAUCAAGAUUCAGGAAGUAACAUUGAUCAAACUCAGCCCUGAAGAGGAGCUGAUGAAAUGGCAUCACAUUACUCAAUGCAGAUGUGCUUCUCACAUGUGUUUUCUCAUAAAAUUCCUCUUCAUGUUCGAAUAAGUUUGUCUGUAGCAUUUUAAUUUCAAACAUGAUGAACACUUGACUGCUAGUCAGUCUGCCGUGUUAUGUAAAUGCCACAGCAGCCUUAAAAUAUGUGAUCUGGCUGGUUUUUGUCUGACGCAAGAUGUUUCGGCAAGACAACGAUCAUUAACUUGCUCCAUCAACUGCCUUGCAUACUUGAACAUCGACUCACUCCUCAUUAUUUUUAAUCAGUUAUCUCUCGGUCAUGAGUAGCCACCCAUGCUGUGGUGUUUCUCAUGACUUAUCUAUUAUCCACUUUAAUUAAGUGUUUCCCUUAUUUACAAUGAUGUCAAGAUACAAUUAAAAUACACCCAAAUGAUCUAAAAAUAGUAAUGCUCAGUAAAAACAGUAAAACACUGAGUAUGAAUAAAAAUGGACUUGAAUUGUUCAAGAGAAACAAGAAAGUCCAUCUUCAGAGUCUGUUGUAAUAAAUUCCACAUGUUUGGACGACAGACUCUAAAAGCUGAUUUUUCAAGUUCAGAGGAAACAUUUGGUACUUGAGGGAUCAGAUGGUACAUCUAGUGAGGGAUCUUUACCCCGUAUAUCACACCUCUGUGCUAGAGAAGACCAGUUGGCAUCCACAAAUUCCUCCCAACAUGAUAGAGUUGAAAUUCCCAUGAUGAGUUUUCAGCUGGAGAUGACACACAAUGAAACCAACAGAGGCCAUUAGAGACAAUCAUUAACAAACAGACUGAUGAUUUCUACGUCGUAAUUUUGAUCGCCUGAACCCACAAUGAAAGGAGUAGAUACUGAACAAGGCGAUAAAAAAGUAUCUGUUUUUUUUUUUCCUUCAUUUCAAGUCAAACAGGAAGAGAGAUGGGAUCUUUUUGUCAGAAUACAUGUCACACACAUUUACACGACAUGUCAGGAACAAAACAAUGGGCAUGAACAGGAAGCGUUCACAUGAGCUUUAACGGGAAACUCAUGAAAAACAAGUUUCCUUCAUUCUCAUCUUGCAAUGUCAGACAUGUAUGAUGAGUAAGUGAUCAGUUAACAUACAGAUAAUGAAUGUAGGUCAGCAGCAACCAAGUAUUUUACUGCACAUGCUUAUUUAGCCCCUUGGAGUUGGAAAAACUCUAUGGAAAAAAACUACAAACUCCUCCUUUAACAGCCUUUAGAGUACUCUAAAAUUCCACCAUGUUUCAGUUUUACAUCUUGUUUAAUAUUUGCAGAUAUGGCAUCGCUCUCGCCAACAACCAUGUCUGCUCUCUCAGUGACUGGUAAGUGUUGUCUUGCAGAUACUCAUAAGUUUCACUACAACAUUUUUGGCAUGUCAGGCUCUGAACCACCUCACUUAUGUGUUUUCAGGGGGGAUGAUAACUACUGCCUCAGGGGAAAUCACACCACUGGCUGUUGCUUGGCUCCAACCAUAAGGUGAGAAUAGACCCCACUUACUUUUCUCACCCUUCCCGUUAAGACCAAAUAAAAGGAAAUAAGUGUAAUGCUUCAUGUGAUUCCAGCUCAAGCGGGACAAACGCACCAGAAAAUUCACUUUUUACAGCCACGAUCAACGCAGGAGCCUUUAUGUGUACGUUUAUCUGCUUAAAGCUGCACACAUCAUAAACCUGUACUAUAUGUCAGAUAAUUAUACUAACUGUGCUCUCGUCUACAGUCCUGCUGUUCUGUAUACUCCACCAUGCUCACAUUAUGGAGAAACACGCCUGUCAUGCCAUGCUGAGUAAGAUUGCUCUGGUGUUCGGAGUGGUGGCAGCUAUGGGGGCUUUCGCAGCAGGAAACUGCAAUGUAAGCACAAAAGUGGGAUUUAUAACACCCACAGGAUCAUGUUAACAUCAAACUUAACAGCCUUGAUUUGCACCUGCGUAGAAACAGCAAACAAAGGUGGUGAACUAUUUGUUUUAUGUCACCUGCGAUGAUUAAGAGUGUAGAGGAAGUUUGAACAGCACUCUCACAGAUUUUAAAUUAUCUGGUUUUAAUUGAAUUUUACUGUUUGAAUUUGACUUUUACGAAGUGUCUCAAAGACCCUGUGUCAACAGCAGCUUUGUCAUAUUUUCCAUUUCGUCUUGCACAGGCAGCUCCUCCUUCCAUCAUAAACCAAAUGUCAAUAUUUUGUCCCUAUGUGCAGAAAACAUCAAACCAUAAACUAGUGUGUAAAACUGGAGAGACGGGGAAACAGACACUUUAAAAUAUCUUUAUACUAAAAUAGCGAUACCCCCCAACAAAUCUACUUUAAAGCCUACUUUAUUAGGGUUUUUUACUGCUACUGUAUAUCUUUCAUUUUAGCUGUAUUACAGACUUUCACUGCAUGUUAUAUGAGUUUUUGGCUUACAUCUCUAAACAUCAUGUGUCUGUCCUCCACAGCCCGGUUAUUUGGCUCUCCUGCACUACUUCGGAGCUGCUAUCAGCUUCAUGUGCAUCUGCUUCUACACCGUCCUGCUCACCUGGCUCACUGGAAAGUGUACACUAACAGGAUAUGAGAAGAUUCUCCACCCACUACGCAUCGUCUCCACCAUAGUUCAAGCCAUCGUUACCAUCUGCUGUAUCCUUUUGUGUGCAUAAAUACUUAAAGUUUAGCUGACAUGCAGUGUGUUGUGACUGAAAACAAGGCCAGAUGUUACUUCGUGUGACUGGAAACAGGACAUAAUUAUCCAGUGUAUCUGUUGACUCGAGUAUUGACGCAGGGUUACCCUCUCCAGCUGCUCACUGUAUCUACAGUCUUCUUUGUGUGGUAUGGAUCCAGCCUGCUGCUUUGUUUACAAAGUGGGAUGGGUCACAUGACAAGAAGUUGGACAAAUGUUCAGUAUAUUUAACUACAUUAAUCUUUAACCAGAAAUUUCCUUUGCCUCCCGGGGUUGACUUUGACACUCUGACUUCCAAAAACUGCACAGUAAUUGAAUAAAAGUGGUAUGAUGACAUUAAGGGUUCAAAGUCAAGGUCAGAAACAGGUUGGAAUAAAAUAUCUAGUCCCUGAAUUUGGGCGUGGGUGUAUAUUCAUACAUUUUAUCUCCUGUUUACCCAUAAUAAGGAGUUAAAUCCACUGAGAUCUCAACUUAUUUCCUCAUACUCUCCUGAUAAAAAAAAGCUAAUUUUGAGUCCAUUUAGGGUACCUGAUAGCUUAUGUUAAGUAAAAUAUCUGCCACUAACUGAUGCUUCUUAACUUGAAACCCUUCAGACACAGUUAUGUUCGCUCAGGAGGAAUACUUCUAUGUCCAUUUGUCAGCCGUAUUCGAGUGGAUGCUCAGUGUAAACCUGGAGCUGUUUGAGCUCAGCUAUGCUAUGGAGUUUUGCUUCUUCUCGUCCUACAUGAUUUCAAACCUGCUGAACGAACGGGACGAGGAAAAGCCCCUGAUGUUGACGCUGUCGUGA